AUGGCCGCUAAAGUCGCCGCCAAGGCCAACGGGUCCGACUCGAACGGGCACGCCAACGGUGAUGCCGCCAAAGUAAAGUCUUCAGCGGCAAAAUCGAGGGGUGCACUCAAGCGGCUCAAGGCAAAGCAGAAGGGAAAGGGAGGUGGGAGCGUAUCUGGUGCAGAGGCGGCAAGUGAUGCUGGAGCGGAGAGCGAUGCCGAGUCCGUCGCAUCUGUCUCAACAACGGCAUCCAACUUCGACUUUGGGCCCAUCCUCGACCCCUCGGAUCCUGCCUUCGCGGCCUUUGCAGAUGUAUUUGCCCAUUUCCAAGAGCAGGACGAGGAGGGGUUUCCGGUGGAUGGCGUACCGGCAAAGGGACAGGUGUAUUACUCGGACGAUGAAGAUGAGGAUGAGGAGCAGGCUGAGCGGCGGAAGAAGGCGGCGGACGAGAGUGGAAUGACGAGGCGGGAGAAGAGGAAGGCUGCUAAAUUAUCAGUGGCGGAAUUGAAGCAGUUGGUCGAGCGACCAGAAGUGGUCGAGUGGUUUGACUGUGACGCUCGGGAUCCUCGGCUGCUGGUGACUUUGAAGUCGUACAGGAAUACCGUCCCCGUUCCCGCCCACUGGAACGCCAAACGGGACUACCUCGCCGGCAAGCGGGGUAUCGAGAAACCGCCAUACCUCCUUCCAACCUGGAUCGCCGACACCGGUAUCGGCGAGCAGCGUGACGCCGUCAAGGCCAAAGAGGCCGACCAGUCCCUCCGCCAAAAGACGCGGGAACGGGUCCAACCCAAAAUGGGCAAGAUCGACAUCGACUAUCAAAAGCUGCACGAGGCGUUCUUCAAAUUCCAGGGCAAGCCGUCCAUGUCGAAAUUCGGAGAGGCGUACUACGAGGGCAAGGAGCUCGAGACGGACCUGCGGACCAAGAAGCCCGGAGAGCUCAGCGAUGAGCUCGUCGAGGCGCUGAGUAUCCCGCCGCUCGCGCCUCCUCCGUGGUUGAUUGCGAUGCAGCGAUUCGGGCCGCCACCGAGCUAUCCCAAUCUGCGGAUUAAGGGGCUGAAUGCGCCGAUACCACCAGGGGCUCAGUGGGGCUUUCACCCCGGAGGAUGGGGCAAGCCACCCAUGGACGACUUCAACCGCCCGCUAUACGGAGACGUCUUUGGUGUGCUGCAGGGAGCAGAGAUUGCGCACCAGAACGAGAUCAAUCGCGAACUAUGGGGCGAGAUUGAGCCUGCGGAUGAUGAAAGCGAAGAAGAGGAAGAGGAGGAAGAGGAGGAGCCCGAGCCCGAACCCGAGCCUGUCCCUGCUCCUCGCGCAAACGCUCGCGUUCCCACUGGCGGUACCGAGACCCCCUCCGGCCUCGCCACUCCCUCCGGCUACAACUCGGUCACGUCCACUGUUCCCGGCGGUCUCGAGACCCCCGACUUUGUCGAUCUGCGCAAGAAGCGAGAUGGCACCGAGUCGGAACCUAGCGGUCCGAGGGAGCUGUACCAGGUCAUUCCGGAGCGAGAAGCGACGGCGAAGGGGUUCAUGGGUAGUUCGACGGCGUAUGAUAUGUCGAAUCUCGGCAAGGCGGGAGGGAGGAGUGGGGCGGCGAUCCUUGGUGCUGAGGACAGAGGGAACAAGCGAAAAGUCGGUGAUGUGGAUAUAUCUGUCGAAGGUGACGAUGAUCUCACGCAGGACCAACUCAAGGCCAAGUACGAGGCGAGUCGGGCGUCGGCAAAGCAGAUACAUGUACCAGGGGCGGAUGUGGACAGGAGUGGGUUUGAGGAUGUGAGGAAUGAGGAGAUGAAGAAGAGGCAGAGGAAGGAGGAUGAUAAGGGUGGGAAAGGGAAGGGGAAGGAUAAGGGCAAGGGGGAAAAGUUCAAGUUCUAG